GUGGCAGUUGGAAUCAUAUUUUACUGUCACUGAACUUUAUAAAUCCACAAUUAAAAGCCACGAAUUUCCCCGUAGUUACAAGGAACCAGCCAUGAAGCUUUCCCUCCUCCUCCUCCUCCUCCUCCUCUGUUUCAUUUCAUAUUCUUCCUCCCACCCUCACCCACUCGACCCUCUCACUCCCUCCGAACUCUCCACCAUCCGCUCCAUCAUCACAUCCUCCCCUCUCAACCUCUCCUCCUCCCUCUCCUUCCACUAUGUCGGCCUCGACGAACCUGACAAAUCCACCAUUCUUUCCUGGUCCCCCUCUUCCCCCCUCCCCCCUCGCCGCGCUUUUGCCAUCCUCCGCGCCCCCCGCCCCCCCCGCCAAACCCACGAACUCAUCAUCGACAUCACCAAAGCCUCCAUUUUCUCCCACCACAUCUACCCCGGCCCCGCCUACCCCACCUUCAACAACGAAGAAGAGGCACAAGCCGGGCUGCUUCCACUAAAACACAAGCCUUUUUUGGAUUCGUUGAAAAAGAGGAGCGUGAAGGUUGAGGAUGUUAUAUGUACAUCUUAUACCAGGGGUUGGUUUGGCGAGAAGAAGCAGAGAAGAAGAAGAGCAGCAGUGCUCUGUUUUGUGGCCGGAAAGACGGCAAAUUUAUAUGCGCGGCCGAUUGAUGGUGUAACAAUAGUGGUAGAUUUGGACGACAUGGAGAUUGUGGAGUACAGGGAUCGAGUUCUGUUGCCGGUCCCAUCGGCGGAAAGGACGGACUACAGGGCGGUGAGGCAGCGGCCGCCGUUUGGGCCGAGGGGGAACAGAGUGGUGGUGGAUCAGCCUGAGGGGAAGGGAUUCAAAAUCCACGGCCAUAUGAUCAAAUGGGCCAACUGGGCCUUUCACCUCGCGUUUGAUCUCCGCGUGGGCGCCAUUGUUUCACUCGCCACCAUCGAAGACACCACGUCCGACGUGCUCAGCCGCAAGAGCGUUCUUUACCGCGGCUUUGUGUCGGAGCUCUUCAUCCCGUAUAUGGAUCCCUGCGAGGAAUGGUACUACAGGACGUAUAUGGAUGCGGGGGAGUUCGGUUUUGGACUCCUGGCUUCGCCGCUCGAGCCGAUGGUGGAUUGUCCGUCCAACGCUGAGUUCAUGGAUGGUUUCUAUGCGGCUCAGAAUGGAGAAACGGUUCGCAUCCCUAAUGUUUUCUGCAUCUUUGAGCGAUAUGCGGGUGAUCCUUCGUGGCGGCAUACGGAGACUUUGAUCCCAGGAGAAAUAAUCACUGAGAGCAGGGAAGAGGUGAACUUAGUUAUCAGAAUGGUUUCGACUGUCGGAAACUACGACUACAUGAUUGAUUGGGAAUUCAAGACCUCCGGCAGCAUUAAAAUUUCGGCAGGCCUGACCGGAAUCCUGGCUCUCCAAGCCUCCACCCAUACCAACACCAACCAAAUCAACGGUGAAAAACACGGCGAGCUUGUAGCCCCCAACACCAUCGCCGUCUACCAUGACCACUUCAUCACCUUCCACCUCGACCUCGACAUCGCCGGUCCGGCCAACUCCUUCGUCAAAGCUAACCUCAAGACCGUCCGCACAAAGUCUUCCCAUUCAACGCCGAGAAAGAGCUACUGGACCGUUGUUACGGAGACAGCGAAGACCGAGGCCGACGCACGUGUCCGACUUGGAAGCAGGGCAACCGAACUGCUUGUUGUCAACAAUGCGGUGAGAACUGCGUUAGGAAACGCGGCUGGGUAUCGUUUGGUUAGGAGCGGUGCGGCUGCAACAUCGCUUUUGAGUGAUGAUGAUUACCCGCAGAUUAGAGCGGCGUAUACCAAGAAGCAGGUUUGGGUGACGCCGUAUCAUAAAGCGGAGAAGUGGGCCGCUGGGCUUUAUACGGAUCAGAGCCGGGGGGAUGAUAAUUUGGUCGUAUGGAGCAAGAGGAACCGAUCCAUCGAAAACACAGAUAUCGUAUUGUGGUACACAAUUGGAUUUCAUCAUAUUCCGAGUCAAGAAGAUUAUCCGUUGAUGCCAAUGUUGACAGGUGGAUUUGAGUUGCGACCGUUCAAUUUCUUCGAGCGAAAUCCAUUGAUCAACACCGAACCGUUUAAUAAGGUUUUUUCGGCUGGCGCGGGCAUGCCAACCAUCAAAAUGGAUCAAGCAUGAGCAAAAUGGCAAGCUACUAGUUAAAGCUUUUAGGCUUAAGAAAAGUGAAGGGCAUGGCCAGGUUGUUUGAUUUUAAAUAUCUUUUGAGUCAUUUUCCUUCUUAAUAUUAUUCUAUGUCAUGUACUAUUUUUGUUUGAACUAUAUAUUUCAA